UCUUCAUCUCGCGCUCUUUCUCAAAACCCUAACCAGCCCCAGCCCCAUCCCCAUCCCCAUCCCCAGCCCUAGCUCUGCAAUUUCUCUAAAAAAAUGUUGGAACUUCGUCUUGUUCAGGGUUCGCUCCUCAAGAAGGUUUUGGAAUCGAUCAAGGACUUGGUGAACGAUGCCAACUUCGACUGUUCGGCCACUGGAUUCUCGCUUCAGGCCAUGGAUUCGAGCCAUGUCGCCCUUGUGGCUCUUCUUCUUCGAGCGGAGGGCUUCGAGCAUUAUCGCUGUGAUAGAAACAUUUCCAUGGGAAUGAACUUGAACAACAUGUCGAAAAUGCUCAAGUGCGCUGGCAACGAUGAUAUCAUUACAAUCAAGGCCGAUGACGGCAGCGAUACUGUCACUUUCAUGUUUGAAAGCCCUACCCAAGAUAAGAUUUCCGAUUUUGAGAUGAAAUUGAUGGACAUCGACAGUGAGCAUCUUGGAAUUCCUGAUGCAGAGUAUCAUGCUAUUGUUAGGAUGCCUUCUGUUGAGUUUGCUAGAAUAUGCAAAGAUCUCAGCAGCAUUGGUGAUACUGUUGUAAUUUCUGUGACAAAGGAAGGUGUCAAGUUCUCAACAAGAGGUGAUAUUGGAUCUGCCAAUAUUGUUUGCAGGCAGAAUACUACCGUAGACAAGCCUGAAGAAGCAACAGUGAUAGAGAUGAAUGAGCCAGUUUCUUUGACAUUUGCUCUAAGGUAUAUGAAUUCGUUUACUAAGGCAACGCCCCUUUCUAACACGGUUACAAUCAGCUUGUCUUCUGACCUACCCGUUGUUGUUGAGUACAAAAUAGCAGAGAUGGGAUAUGUAAGGUUUUACUUGGCUCCCAAAAUAGAAGAAGAUGAGGACGAGACAAAGCCUCAGGCCUAAAUAUUACGUUACCGUUUGUUCUAUAGAUCUGUUUUAGGAUGUUUCCUAACCUUUCUUUCUUCCCCCC